AUGUCCGCCAUUCUUCACUUCAAAUUCGCCUCUGCUAUUGUUUUCACAGCCAAACGGUUCCAGCCACUUGUGGCUUCUAGCUUCUUCCUGGUGUUUGCAGAGCUGGUGUUGGUGGAACAGCUCUGUGUUCGCAAGACCUUCCCUGAGCUGCUAGCGCUGUCCGGCCGCCUUGGAUUGCACACCAAGGUCAUCCUGAUGACUCUGGACACCACUAGUCCUAACUGCCAGCUCGAGUGCACAACGUUUGCACGCGCCCACACCCAGACUCAGCCUUGGGGGAUCGAGGUGCCUGCACAGUGCCCUCAAUGCGGUGUAGAGACUCGUGCCUCGCAUUGUGUGAUAUGGCACUUUCCACUAGGGAGUAUACAGCACGACUUGCAGCAUCACUCUGUGUGCUAUCCACAGCUAUUCCCUUACGAGGCACAGCUUUCCCACGCAAUGCGCAGCAUGCGCGCACGACUUCCCGCGCUUUACGAUGUAUACGCGCGCGCGCUUUCCCGCGCUUGA